GCCUAGCUUCCCCUAGCUUCUUCUUCGGCAGAUUGAUGGAGACUCAGGCUCCCCCUGCUUCUCUAGACCUGUCUCUGGCACUGGCCACCAUGCCACAACCGUUACCACCACCAGCAGCAGCAGCCCCCCCUCUCUCUCUUCAGGCUGCCGGAGAUGCCGUUUCUAGCGCUGUCGCUGGCGCCGGUUGGAAGGUCUUCUCCUGCCUCUUCUACGAGAAGAAGUUCCUCAAGUCGCAGGCACUGGGCGGCCACCAGAACGCGCACAGGAAGGACAGGGGCGCCGCCGGCUGGAACGCCAGCCUCUACCUCCCAGCUGCUGACCGCCCCUGGCCGCCGACCACCGCAACGUCUCAUCCUGAGAUCGGCGACGAGAACCAGCUUGAUCUCAGCCUUAAGCUUUAGCUAGCGCGUACGUACGUUUUCUCCUCUUUAACUAGCUAGUGCGUGUGUGCAUGUGUUUAUAUGCGCUAGACAUCUCUGGUAUGUACUGUACGUACGUAUAUAUAUAUGAGA